AUGGUCUGGUCACCGCCAGUAUCCGUACACUUUACAAUUGAAAAGGAGAAGUUUGCUGAAGGUGGUUUUCGUGCUGCAUACAAGGCUACCUCGAAAUCACCAAAUUUUGAAGGUAAAACCUACAUUGUGAAACGCUUCUUACCUAAAACAGUUGAACUGAUUGGAGCAGUAAACGAGACUCAAGAAGACCAUGCACGAAAGUCUAUUCAGAUGCAAGCAUUGGCAAAUAAUUUCGCAGAACAAGUUGCAGCAAAAGUAGAGAAAGAUGGAAACAAAAAUGUAUUUGGAAAGCCAUUUCGGUAUGUUGAUGCAUUUUUGGGAAAGGUUCAGCGCACAAACCAAAUUGUAACAAUAGAACAGUUUGCAUCCGGUACUUUCCAAAAAUAUGUAAACAACGAUGGAACAAUCUCACAUAACAAGGACAUUGAGAAGCAAAGAAAGGCCGAAAGCCUUGUUCAUUUUUCGUUUGUAAAGUCGAACAGGAAACUCUUGUUGGUAGAUAUCCAAGGAGGUGAGUAUAACCUAACAGAUCCUGAAAUUGCCACAGUCUCUGGCAUAUAUGACAAUGACGACCGCCUUCUCUUCUGUGCUGGAAAUCUAUCAACAGAAGCAUACUUGAAUUUCUUCAAUGCUCAUAAGUGUAAUGCAUUUUGUAACCUCCUUGGUCUCGUGCCGGAAGAAGUAGAGAAUGAUGC